AUGCGGGGGGAUGCUAUGGAAUUUGGUCAGCUGACCCAUCAGUCUGUACGUCAGGUCAGCAUUGUGCGCCGUCCCGGAGUUGGAUUUGGAUUUGUUGCCGGCAGUGCUCAUCCAGUCGUUGUGCGAUCGGUCAUCUCAGGGGGUCCCUCAGAGAAUAAGCUGCUGUCUGGAGAUCAGAUCCUGGCUAUAGAUAAUGAAGAUGUGAGUGAGGCUUCAAGGGAAAGAUUCAUAGAGCUAGUAAGGAAUGCAAAAGAAUCCAUAACUCUGACUGUGCUACAUCCUCACCAGUCACCAAAAUCAGCAUUCAUCAGUGCAGCCAAGAAAGAGAAGCUGCGCUCCAACCCAGGAAGAGUCAGAUUCUCAGAGCAGGUGGCAGUUGGCGAGUCUGAGGCAGACAUGUUGAAAAUGAAGGAUAGUCCCCCACUGCUCCUCAUCCCCAAUGUGUUAAAAGUUUUCCUGGAGAAUGGGCAAAUUAAAUCUUUCACCUUUGAUGGAAGAACAACUGUUAAGGACGUGAUGGUCACUCUCCAGGAUAGACUCUCCCUUCGCCACCGUGAUCACUUUUCUCUGGUCUUGGAAUAUACUGCGGCUGAUCAGAGUCAAAAACUGUUGCUACUUCAGGACAAACAGCCACUGGCUCAUGUUGUGCACCGUACUCACUAUCAGGGGAUGAGAUGUUUAUUCCGCGUCUGCUUCUUCCCUAAAGAUCCAGCAGAAAUUCUUCACACAGAUCCAGCUGCUUUUGAGUAUCUUUAUAUACAGAGUCGUAAUGAUGUUAUCAGGGAACGGCUGGGAACAGAAAUGAAGCCAGAGCUCCUCCUUGGUCUCAGUGCCCUGCACAUAUACAUCAGUGUCAGCUCCUCUCGCCCAGGGCAGAAAAUAUCAUUACGUGGAGUGGAGAAGGAGUGGGGGCUGGAGCCUUUUCUCCCACCCUCCCUCCUCCAGGGAAUUAAGGAAAAGUCACUGAGAAAGGCACUUACCCAACAUCUCAAGAUUAAUCAGAAUCAGCUGUCUGGUAACAAGGUGUCUAUUAUUCAAGCAAAACUUCGUUAUUUGCGGAUUCUUAAUGAACUACCAACAUUUGCUGGAGUCCUGUUCAACACUGUGGGCAUGGAUGAAAAGACCCCAGCAACUACACUCCUGGUGGGUCCUCGCCAUGGUAUCAGCCAUGUCAUUGACCUGAAGACUAAUCUCACUACUGUCCUGAUUGAGUUUAGCCAGGUGACAAAAGUCCAGCUUUACCGAGAAUCUCAAGGUGUGGCGCGGGUGGAGACCGGAGUUGUGGACACCAAGCCCCUUGUGUUACUUAUGGAUUGGCCUGAGGCUACCAGUUUUGCCUGUCUUAUAGCUGGAUAUUACCGGCUCCAUGUGGACCCCAAGAAAGGGAUUUUCUACCGAGCUGCAGGUCACUUGCCCCCCCCUCAGAUUAUCAAGGCAGAUUACCUCAGUGUGCCCACAGUGCCACGCACGCCAGCUCCCAUCAAGACGUGCCCCACCCCUAGCAUUUCCUCAAACUCACUUCUCCCAAAGAGCUCAACCCCCACCACAGCCACUGACCCCUCCGAGAAUGCGGAGCCUGUCAAUCUCUGCUACCUCCACCUACGGAAUAAGGCGGGAAGAGACAUCAAUAAGAACAUUGUCACAGAGGAGACUCGACCCAGAACAAAAUCUGACCCAACGCCAAAGGCAUCCACCGAUCAGCCAGGUUCGAUGGGGUCCGGGAGUUCGCCCGAGGUCAGCAGGUCCCGUUCCUUCACUAUGGACACCCAGGUGAAACUGGAAAGCUCUCAAUUUUUUUGCGAUUCUUGUAAAGCAAAGAUGAAGAGCCGCCUUGGAGGGGACAGUGGGGGGGUGGAGUGCACAAAUCCAUGUGGAUCCUCUGCAUGCAAAGACAACAUGGUAGAUCUCAUAUCCCUGCCACCUCCAGAGAUCAAGAGAGGGGAUAAAGAAGAAGAAAAAGAGGAGGAGGUCAAUAGAGAAGCAGGAGAAUGUGAGGUUGGGGAGACAGUAUCCUUGCUUCCUGCUGCAGCUCCCCCUCCACCAGGUUUUGGAGACAACAGCUCAGAUGAGGAGGAGCCCAAGAGAAGAGUAGGGAAAAGCCAGGAAAAGGGUAAGGGACAGGAGAAGGUGAACAUAUUGCCAGGGCCUGGAUAUGAGGAGUUACCUGUCACAUUGAUAGACAGUGUUCAGCCAAGGACAGUCAGAGACCAUGCAAGGGAGCUUGAUGAUGCUCUUGUAUCCACUCUUCAAGCUCUUGAGGCAUUGGCUGCUUCUGAGGAUUUUCCCAGUCCAUCACCUCAACCAACAGCAGGCCUCAUUGUCCUUGCUGCCAUUACUCCUGAGUCUUCUCUGGAUUCUGGACAUGAAACAAAUUCCUCAGAACUGACGGAUGUAUCAGAGAUGAUGACAGCCAUGAAGCAGCAUCACAACACAGCCUACUUUCUGGCUCACCAUCUCAACAAGGAAAAUCUACUCUCUAGGAAGGAUUUACCUUUCCGGAUCCAGACUUGUGCUGCCCAGGCAAUCUUAACCUCUCCUUACUCAGUGAGCUGUAGAGAGAAUAGUCCAAAGCUUAAACCUGGCCUUAUAAAACAGAGUCCAGAAGGAAUGUCACCCAAACAGGAGCCAACAGUAUUACCCUUUAUUCCACGCCCUGUGCUAAAUAACGGAAAUUCAAAGCUAACAUCUCCUGCCCAAUUGAAGAAGGAAACAACUGUAGCUGCCAUACUGGUUACCCCUAAAACAUCACCUAACCCAGUAAAGAAGAGUCCCAGACCUUCACAGAUUUCUACACAAGGCUCUCCAUCACUACACUUGUCUCCUUCCACUGUCAAGAUGACUAAGGCUGGUGCUCCACCCAAGAAAGAGCAGGAGGCUGGAGAAACUUUAAAGACCCCUGGAAGUCCAUGUGGCUGCCGUCUGCCUCAGGGGAACCCACCUACUAAUAAUUAUGAUGAGACUAGAAGAUCUGGCAAUGAUGUUCUUCAUUUAUCACCAACAGAUGAUGAAAGGCUCCAUGCCAAAGCAUGUUCUGCUAGGAAUAAGGAAGAACAACUGCUGAACUGUGGCAAAGUGGAGAAGGAAUUGCCAAAAUCUCAUUCUGUUUCCACUAACAUACAAAGCCUAACCACAAUACAACCAGAGCCACCUGAGAAGAACUCCAAGGCCAAUGAGAUGCCCACUGUGUCAAGUAACAUCCCGCUCACCUCAGAAAGCACCAAAGUCAAUGUUAAGCCAGACAUGACUCCAGCUUCAGCUGCAAAGGACACAGAGAAGGUAACUGCUCAGAUACAAUUACAUGACUGUGAUGCUCCUGCUAAGCCCAGGGCCCGGGCACCUUUUAGACUUCGAAACCUCUUUUCUGCUACAUUCCCAACACGCAUGAGGCGGGAAACUGAUGAACGUCAGGCACAGCUACAAAAGGUCAAACAAUAUGAAAUGGAGUUCCUGGAAGAACUGCUAAAGCCCCAAAGCAAGUUAGGAGCUCAGCGCAAGGAGAUUGUUCAUCCACUGGUUCCUGGCCGCUGUUCCUGUCAGGUUCGUAGCAGCCCUGUUCAAAAAGUGCCUGGAAUGUCUCGUGAGCAGCGGCGGAGCUGUGACUGCAAACGCAUCAUAAGAGGUAUACGAAUUCCUCCAAACCCUCCUCUUGAGCCUGAGGCCAGAACCAAACCUCUGGUGAGAGGGGAACGCCCUAGACUUGUCCGCUCAUCUAGUUUGGAGUCUCGGGGCUCAGAGAAGAUAACUUCAUGUAUUACCACCAGUGCCACACAGGCAGAGAGUACUGCUCUGUACACAAAGUUGGCUCGUAGAUACAGUAUCAGUGAUGGAGAAAAGAAUGAUGUGCCUCCUAGUGUCCCUCCAGCCAAGAAAUGUGAGCCAACUGCAGUAAAAAAUAGAAUGUCAGAGAACCAGGGAAGUAGGGAAGACAAGAAGUGUCCAGUUGUCCUUCCUCGACAGGAAGAAUCAUUCUCUAAUAAAACCAAAUUUCCUGAGGAGGAGGUAGAAAUUGUAGGAGAUAAGUGUUGCUCCAUUCGUCACUGUUUCAACUGCAGGAGGUGCUCAUCAACUGAAGAUGGGAGUGAGAGGGAUGAACUAUCCUACUCAAUCCCCAUGCAGAUCUUGCCCGGGAUGAGGCUAAAUACAGAAGCUACUCCAGUAGUAAGUAGGACCCUUCAAGUGCUGGAUGCUACUGUGUGCAGCAGCCCAGAGGAGAACCAGACACAAGAGAUUGAUCUUCGGACCUCAACCUUUGAGGGCAGUUUAGCCAAGGUAAAUGCUUUACGUGGACGCUCCUACUCAAUUCCUGAUGGCUUCCUGUCAGUGCAGCUUGACACCAGUGAACUGCUCACUGUCUUACGCCAGUGUCUGGUCAGUGCAGAAGCUGGAGAACCAAAGCCAGACACAGUGCAGCUGUCAAAACAUAAGCAAGAGUUAACUUUGCGUUUUAAAGAGUUCAGGGCCUCCUGUAGGAGGGUAGCUGGGGUGGACAAAAGCCCAGACCAUAUGCUGACUGCUAUUACCUUCAGUUUUCAGGUUCUGUGUGGUCUAAUUGAGGCCUUUGUUAAGCUGGUGUUCCUGAUUAGGUCAGAAAGUCAGAGGCAGGAACUACUGGUGAAAGUGGAGGAGGUAGUAAGAAAUUAUACCUUUCUUCUAAGGGCAGCAGAAGAGUCCAGUGCUCGGACACUAGGACAGAGCCGGACUGUGGUGGGACAGCUGGCCAAGCAGUCAGCUACAGUAGCAACUGCAGUCAGCACUUUCUCUCGUUCUAUCAAGACUCUGAUAAGCAAAUAG